AUGCAACAGUACGACAGGAUUCUCUCUUGUUACAGGAGACAAGUCGAGCGAGAGUUUUCCACUGGAAAAGUCAAAGUGAGAAUGUGUAUGCAACAGUACGACAGGAUACUCUCUUGCUACAGGCGCCCUGGCCUUGAAGAAGACGUUCAAAUGGUGAAAGAAAGGCAUAACAACGGGAACGAGCACAUACUUGUGAUGAGCAGAAAUCAGGCCUUCGUUGUGCAUACCCGAACUGGUGGUCGCCUUCUAUCAUUUGCCGAUAUCCUCUUCCAACUGCAAGAAGUUAUUCGCAUGUCAGAAGCUAGAAAAGGUCUCGUCAUACCUCUUGGCGCCUCUGCUGCAGGUGAUCGAGCAACAGCAGCUCGUUUCUGGAAUAUACUCCGAGAAGGCUUUAUAAUCUUGUGA